AUCACAGAGAAUACUGUAGCAGCCCUUUAAGCUGUCAAGAUGUAAAUGUCUUGGAUACAUUGAUUCUUCUGGGGCUUACAGUCACUCCAGUUACUCCUGAUUUUCACCAGAGGAAGACAGGGUUGGGUAUUAAGCUCCACUGAAACAAGAGACUAUAUUGCCAAUUCAAACUUUCUCCAUCACUAACCAUAUUCUAAUGCAUUUUGAUCCAAUGGGAAAAUGAAGAGUUUUUUCUCAAGAUUAUGUACUCUAAGGAGAGUAAUUGCAAUAACCAUCUAUUGUUGAUCAAAAGUUACAUUAAAAGCUUCCAGUUUAUAGCUGGCUGGUUUUUGCAGGACCUACUAUUGGCUGGUCUUAGAGGGAUGCAUUAAUAUGCUGAGCCCAGUGAAGAGAGAGUUAUUGGUAGAAAAGCAGAGAAAUAUUCAGGCUUUUAGUUUUGUACAGGGAACUCCUCACUUGAAAUAGCGGAAGGCAGGCAAACUUUAACCAGUCUGGAAUUUGCUAACAGAGAUGAGCUGCAGCAGAGAAAUCAUGUUUACUGGCAUGUGCAAAACAGAGUGGGGGAGGAAGUGGGAAGCUUGUAAAACCAAUUAAAAGCAUAAUAGCCGUCUGCUACACUGUGACCUCGCCAGAGAAGAGAAGAGGUGGGGAGAGAAGAUAAAUGAGGAAGUUCACCUGCUCCACUCAACAUCAGAAUACUGAAAAGCUCCUGGCCCAGGGAAUUUUAUUACAAUGGCUGUUGAAGCUGAUUUGAUUUUUGAAAGCUUCUUGAAGAAAAGAAAAGAUAAAAUGAAAUUUACGUGGGUAAAGUAUUGGUUCCGACUUCACAAUACCACCCUCUACUUCUUUACGAAGAAACAUGGAGCUGCAUUACGCCUCCAUGGACACUACUCCAUGUACAUAGUGCAGUCGGUGCGCGAGGCACAAGCUGUGAAAGCCGAUUACCCUUUUGAGAUCACAAUGACAAACGGAAAGAAGAAACUCCUGUCUGCAGAAUCUGCUGAUUUACGUACUGCCUGGAUUGAAAUCUUAUGGAAAUCAAUGCAGCUGCCAGGGCCUGGCAGAGAACAGUCAGCCUGCACGUGGCAUGAUGUUCCUACCUUGAUGGAAAGAGCUCAAGUUGCUAGAGACCAUAAGGAAGAAAAUCAUUACAACACUGUACUUUAUGUCGAGGAGACCAUUAGCUGCAUAUCCAGGGCCACUGAUCUCUUAAUAGAGGAGACCAAGAAAACCACUGAUUUUCAUACCUCUAAUGUUAAUGAAGACAGAGAGUCAGCUAUUUAUGAAACUCUAAAAGUGGAGACCAUUGAAGACAAGCCUAGUGAUGAGAGAGGGGAAAUUGGUGGAGAUGCUAAAGAGCAGCAUGGAGCAGCUGGUUGCACUACUUCUGUUGCGCAGAGCACAGAGUGAUCCAUGUCUUGCUGUCAACAGUGCUGCCACAGCAGAGGAUGAAUUCAUGCCCUGAGCUCUUCAGAAGGAACCACUGGCUUCUAAGAAAGAAAAGUCUAUUAAUGUUAAGCGAGCUGCUCCCAUCCAUCCCUGAAAAUGUUCAGGAAAAAAGUCCUCUUUAGGCAAAGCUGGAUAGAAGGGGUUUCCUAUUCUUUUCCUCUCAGGUUUCCAAUCUGGGAUCAUUGUUGCUUUUAAAAACUUUUCCUAGUUUGGGUUAAUUUUUUUUGAUUAAUUAAAUAUGCUUUGUACUGAAUUUUUGUUUUUCAAGCAUUAAAAGAUAAUGUGCAUUUA